ACCGCGGCACGCGCUGUCACGUGAAUAUGUUAUCGUAGAGUCAAUUUGUUGUUCUUGUUCCAACACUACUAGAAAGUACACUUUACUAUCUAUCUAUCUACAUGAAUACGAAUCAUUCCGAAACAAAGAAGAGACGGAUACAUAAUGCAUGUCUUCGCUGCCGGCAAAAGAAAGUCCGCUGUGAUAGCGGAAUAAUGCCCGACAAUAUAUGCUCCGGAUGCCUGAAUGCCGGCGCAGAUUGCACACACAACCACAUGAAAAAGAAACGAGGCCCGAAGCCUAUUCCAAAGAACGGAAUCGAAAAAAACUUCGAAGUUGCUCAAUCUUUCGUCUCCUGUAUAUUGGCAGAGCCAGAGACUUACCCAAUACCCAAAGAUCCGGACAGUAUUCGCGCUCUGAUUAUUGAUAUCUCCCGUUAUACCUACUUUUUACAAAAGGAAUUGAGCCUUCGAGACCAACGGUCAUCUGUAAUAGUGGAUACUACAUCCGUUGCUCCUUCAUCUCUUUCCCUGACUCCAUCGCUCGCGAGUUCGCCUACUCAUGACGCCCACACCAAUCCAUAUCCAAAUGACUGCCCAUCGCAUGUAGAAGAAGAUCCUGAUGCAAAUACGAUCUUCAAGAGGCUAGAAGAACUCACGCUCGGUCAACAACAUUCUCGCCAUUUUGGGAUGUCCAGCAAUUUCCAACUAGUAAAAACUCUCUUGGAUUACAAGCAAGAGGCAACAGGGUACAGACAGAACACAAUGACAUAUCGGAACAUCAGAAGACAAGGAUACUGGGCUAUAUAUCCAUGGCAACAAGAUAUUCAGAAUAAAGUCGGUCGGAAGCUUACAUUCCCAGAUAAUGAGCUACUGCAUGAUCUAAUCAACGAUUAUUUUGUGUACUUCGAGCCUUAUCUUCCGUUAUUGCAUCGUUCGACAUUUGAAACAUCAGUCGCUGAAGGAUUGCAUUUCUCCGACAUCGGGUUUGGACAAGUUGUUUUGGCGGUGUGCGCCGUAGCCUCAAGAUGCAGUAGGGAUCCCAGGAACAUGCCUGAAGGGACAGACUCGGACCAUUCGCUGGGGUGGCGUUGGUAUAGUCAAAUAUCAAUCGACACAUCUUCUUUCAUAGAGGCUCCAAGGGUGUAUAAUUUGCAAGUCUGUGUUCUGAUGGUCACGUACCUGCAAAUUUCAGCGAUCUCAGAGUCCAGUUGGAUCAUACUAGGAAUUGCAAUGCGUCUUGCGCAAGCUAUGGGCAUGCAUCGGAAACGACCAGACCAGGCUAGAACAAUUGAAAGAGAAUCUUGCAUCCGAGCAUUUUGGGCAAUCAUAGCCUAUGACACAUGUGCAAGUUUGUUUUUAGGACGGCCUCGCGUCACGACUACCGACGACUUUGAUGUUGAGCUGCCAGUAGAUUGUGACCAAGAAUUUUGGAACGCCACAGCUAUUGCAUCAGAUAUGUUUGUUCAGCCUCCCGACAAGCCCUCUCAAACAUCUUAUUGGAUUCACUUCAUAAAAUUGAUGAAUAUAGCAGGCCUUGUCAACAAACUAAUAUAUCCCAUCAAGAAAUUGGAUGAGUCAAAAAUUUCGGGAAUCGAUGGAAUUUCAUUGAGCCAGAAGGCUGUGAUGGAACUUGACUCCGCUCUGAACGCAUGGGUGGGCUCUAUUCCUGACCAAGUCAAAUGGGAUCCCAAACGAAGCAACGCCAUCCUAUUUACACAGAGUGCUAUGCUUUACACCUCAUACUACUGGCUGCAGAUUCAGGUUCACAAAAAAUUCAUACCUGGUCCUGGCCGAGAGACCAUCUUAAAUGGGUUUCCUUCACUUACAAUUUGUGUAAAUGCGGCGCGGUCAUGUAUCAAUAUAGCAGAAGCAUGCAACAUCACCCAUCCAACUCCUGUUACUCUGCCUUCAGUGUUCAGUGCAGCCAUUGUGCUUCUCAUAAAUUUCUGGAGAGGAAAGAAAUUAAACGCGCCGCUGAGUACUGGAACUGAGAUGUUCGAUGUACACAAGUGUUUCAAAAUCAUCAGGCCGUUUGAACAAAGAUAUCAGGGAGCCGGUCGAAUGAUUGAUAUCCUUAAUGCAAUCAUCUCGGUCGGACACCUGAAUCAUGAUGUCCCCCUGGAGUCAGAUUCCUCAACACACAUAGCUCGUGAUUGGGAUCCGAAGCCCAGCUCUUCUUUUCUGCCUAAGCCAGCUGAACAUUCCAAUGCAAGCUCGCAUGCUAUGAGCAUGAUAAAUUUUGCCCAACAACCAGCCGAUCGAAGUCAUGAAAGAACUUUGCAGCACACUCCAAUCUCUCGAUCUUCUCUUCCGUUCUACACUACUGAACUUGGGCUACUCCCACUGUAUUCCUCUGACUCGAUCAUGUUUUCUCCACAUCCGAAUUCCGGAAUUCUAAGCACAGUGUCUACAUUCCCAGAAUAUAGUAAAAACAAGGACAUUGAUCCUGACUCUGCUUCGGGAGACCAAUCUCACCCUGGAUCGUUUGUCUCAUCAUGGGGCCCCAGUGCCUUUGUUCAAAGCAAUGACAUCCAUGAAGAUCUUCGGAAUGAAUCUGAUGAAGAUUGGUCACUAUUUAUGCAGAACGUCGAUGAUCUCUUGCAGUCCACUGCUGAUUUUCCUAUGUUCACAGAAGAGCGCUAGCCUUGAUCGACAACGAUUGGAAAGUCGGGACAAAAAAAAUACUUAGCUUAAUAAUAACAUUCAGUAGUGGCAGGUGUCAGUGUCAUAAUUCACGUUUUCAGGAUACUUCUCUCGCUU